AUGUCGAUAUUCACUUUUGCUAUGGAGCUGUGGGGUUGUGCAUACGACGGUAAAUAUUUGAACCAAAUAGAUAAAUUCAUUAAACGUGCACAUAAGAAUGGUUAUAUAUCAAAACGAACACACAUUAAAGAAAUACGUGAUAAGAGAGAUAAGAAACUGUGGAACAAAAUAACAUCAACUGAGGACAAUGCACUGCUUGAACUGCUGCCGGAAAAAAGAAGUAGGUUACUUAGGCCUAGAGGGCAUGAGUAUGAACUCCCCCUAGUGAGAACAGAAAGAUUCAAAAGGUCGUUCAUAAAUCGUUGUCUGUAUAACUUUGUUUAGACUUUAAUCUAUUUAGACUUUAAUCUAUUAAAAAGUUUUUAAAACUUUUUACGCUUCUUAACUUACAAUUGUAAAUAUAACUAGAUCAAUUACCUUUCGAUUGUAAACUCAGACGGAUGUAUCUGAGUAUUUUAAUAAAGACUAUUAUUAUUAUUAUUAUUAUUAAAAAAGAUAGAAAUUAACUCUGUACGAGUAGGCGAUGUGAAUAUCAAACCAGCGGAAAGUGCUCGGGAUUUGGGUGCUUGGUUUGAUAAGAACAUGUCCAUGGACGUUCACGUAGGAAAGGUAUGCAGCAAAGCUUUCAGAGGUCUAUAUAACAUCAGACAAAUAAGGAAGUUCCUUUCUUAGGAGGCGACCAAAACUCUUGUGCACGCAUUUAUAACGUCACAUCUAGAUUACUGUAAUUCUCUAUUGUUUGGGAUUCCUCAGUAUCAGUAUCAACGCUUACAAAGAGAUAUAAACGCCGCUGCAAGGAUGAUAUGCUAUACACCCAGAACUUCUCAUAUUACUCCAGUUUUAAUGCAUCUUCAUUGGUUACCAAUAUAGUUUCGAGUGGAAUUUAAAAUUGGUUUAUUAGUGUAUAAAGCCCUAAAUGGAAUGGCACCUCAAUAGAUCACCGACUUAUUGUCAUUUAAACCCGAAGGCAAUUACCAUUUAAGAUCAGAUGAUUAUUCGUUGCUGCAAAUUCCCAAAACAAACCCAAAAAUACUUGGAGAUGGAUCAUUUAAGCAUGCUGCUCCUCUAUGGAACUCUCUCCCACUUAACAUUAGGCGGUGUGAAACUGUUAACUGUUUUAAAACUCAUUUAAAGACAUUUCUAUUUAGGAAGGCGUAUAAAUAGACUAAUUUUUAAGAACUAUUAGUGUGUAUAUAUUGUUUUAAAUUUUUAAUAUAACUCUAAGAUUGCUGACACGUAUCUAGCUUUUUAGAAUAGAGUCAGUUUAGUUAUUAUUGUAAGUUUACCAUUGUAAAGCGCUUUAGAAUAUUACAUCAUCGAUUAAGCGCUAUAUUUAAAUACUCAGAUUAUUAUUAUUAUUAUUAUUAUUAUUAUUAUUAUUAUUAUUAUCGGAAAAGAAGAAGAUACGAAGAUCUCAUUACACAGCAAAAGAAACAAUUUAAGUCCGUAAAAUUUGUAAAUUUGUCAAUUAGUUCUUUAGGCGUUUUCUCAAAAGAAUGUCAUUCCUUUUUAGAUAUGUUAACUGAUCUAGGUCUUGAUAAAAGACACCAGUAUUUCGCUAUCAGGAAAAUUAUGUCUAUCGCGAUUAGGACAAUAUAUUAUAUAUUUUGUUGCAGAGAUAAGGACUGGUUAAAUCCGGAAUUACUGAACAUUUAAGGAUACUCAUUAUUAAUAUAUAAAUAUUAAGCAGGUUCAAGUAGUCAAUUAUAAAUUACCUAAAUUAGUGAGAUUUAUAAUUGUAUAUAUACGUAUAUAAUUUCAAUAAAGUUUCCAUUAUUAUUAUUAUUAUUAUUAUUAUUAUUAUUAUUAUUAUUAUAAGAUCAAACGGGUACACAAAAUCAGACUCUUCCUGGGGUAUCAUACGAACAAACGGGUUCAAAAGAGCAAUCAAAUCCCGCCGUAUCAUACGAUAGGUUGGAUGCAGCUACAAAGCGAGGGCGUACGCCUGUAAUACGGCUAGAUGACGAUGAUGAUCAUGUGCCAGCCAAGCGAGUUCGAAGCUCGGACGAUGCAAAUUUUGACGAUGAUGUUAAUUAUGAGUUGGAGGAGUUAGAAACAGAGAACAUUCUCUCUCCAAACUCUCGAUGGGAAGCUAGUGCGACUUUAUCGCAGUUUCUCGAAACAACUGUAAAACGGUAA